AUGGUUAGUGGAAAGUACGUCAUUAAUACUAAAAAAUCAACAUUAAAUAUUAAAAAUUUUGUUGAAAAAUUCAUUACAACAACAAGAAUAAAAGUCUAUUUGCAACAGUUAAUUGCCAGACAAUCAAUGAUUCAAUUAUUAGCUGAGAGUGAUAAAAACCCUAUGAAACGAUCGUUGGGUGUGUGGCAAUUAAUUGCGUUAGGAGUUGGAGGAAUUAUUGGUACAGGAAUAUUUGUGUUAAGUGGGAAAUCAGCUGCACUCUUUGCUGGUCCAUCUAUUAUUAUAUCAUUCAUCAUUGCUGGUAUAGUUGCUGGAUUAGCAGCAUUAUCGUACAGUGAAAUGGCCAGUAUGGUACCUUUAUCGGGCAGUGCUUAUACAUAUUGUUAUGCCACGAUGGGUGAGUUUCUUGCUUGGAUUAUGGGUUGGUAUGUGACCUUGGGUAAUCUAGCAGCAAUAGCAACAGUAUCGGUUGGCUGGUCAGCAUAUAUAGUUAAUUUAAUUCAAGUAAUAUUUCCAUUCAAUGCAACCAGAUCAUUUAUACUAUCACCAAUAAAGUGGAAUGAAACCAGCCAGGAAUUUAUUUCAACGCAUGCUUACAUUAAUAUACCAGCUAUUGUCAUUAUUGUCGUAUUAACAAUAUUGGUCUUCUUUGGCAUACAGGAAUCGUCUAAAGUGAAUUUUGUUGUUGUUAUUAUUAAAAUAUUUGUUAUUUUAUUGGUCAUAUUUGCUUCAUUAAAAUUUAUUGCUCCAAAUAAUUAUCAUCCCUUUAUACCUAAAAAUGAAGGUCAUUUUAAUUCAUAUGGUGUUACAGGCAUGUUACAUGCAGCUACAAUUGUCUUUUUUGCCUAUAUUGGAUUUGAUGCAGUUACAAAUGUAGCACAAGAAACAAAAAAUCCAAAACGUGAUUUACCAAUCGGAAUUCUUGUUUCAUUAUUAAUAUCAACUGUGCUUUAUAUUGGCGUUUGUAUUGUAAUGAUUGGUGUUGUACCCUAUAAACGACUCGAUUCAUCUAGUCCAAUGGAUGUUGUAUUAAAAGCAACACAUUUAGGAAAAUGGAUUAUAAUAAUUGUUGAUAUUGGGGCUAUUUCUGCACUUACAUCAGUCAUAUUAGUUAAUCUUAUUUGUCAACCAAGAAUUUUCUAUAGUAUGGCAAAUGAUGGUUUACUUCCACAAUUUAUGGCAAAAAUUCAUCCCCGUUUUAAAACACCAUGGAUUGCUGCAUUGAUUACAGGUGUAAUUUGUGCUCCAGCUGCUGGCUUUCUUCCAUUAGAAAUGUUAGGUGAAUUAACAUCGAUAGCAAAUUUAUUUACACUUUUUCUUGUUCAUAUAUCAGUUAUUAUUAUGCGAUUUACUCAAAAAGAUGUUGAAAGACGUUUUAAAGUUCCAUUAGGUCCAUUUGUUAUACCACUUAUUGGUGCACUUUUAUGUUUAUUAUUAAUGAUAACAUCCGCUACACAAACAUGGAUAAGAUUUUGGGUAUGGAUGGGAUUGGGUAUUUUAAUUUAUUUCUGUUAUGGUAUUAGAAAUUCAAAAUUUAAUCAUAAAAAGGUGAAAGAUUCAUCGGUGACAAUCGCCACAGACGUUACACCACCAUAUGCUGAUGGGUUAUCGGUACAUGAAGAAGAGGAGAAAAAACAUGACUAUUUUAUUUAA